GCUGUAGCUGUGUGUUUGUGGGGGUUUAAAGGUGGCGGAUAUGCAGUGUAGAGAGAACUGGUGCAGACUGGUUGACUCUGCUGCUGUGCGCGCGGCACUGAAUGUACCAUAAUAAUGAGAUGAGCGGGGACCCUUACAUGUGCAUAAAGCCCUCUCGGGUAAAUCAUUAGUAACUUGUCCUUUUGUACCGACACUUUUUCUGCUUUAACACAACAGUGUCUUCAGACCUCCAACGGUUUCCGUUAAUCUGCACAGAACCGCGAAGACAUGACAAGACACCGGAUUGCGUUCAUAGGGAAUAUUCCAGUCCGUUCCAGUAAUUCGCGUUCUGCUCGCGGUUUACGCGUUAUUGGGAAGCAAAGCAUUGUCGUAUAUAUGUCGUGACCCGGUAUAGAAACACAAUGGCGUGAAUGCGCUCAAAAUGACGUCUCCCACGCGAGUGGACCGCAUAUUUGUCUACAACAGUGUCCCCAUUACGGCAAGGACAAGUGGAUAGAUGUGUUUCAGAUUCUCAGGAAAUUAAAGUGCUGCAUGGAUGACGUUUGAUGACGUUUAUAUGAGACAGAAUGUUUACCCUCACAGAAGUUGCCUCUCUAAAUGACAUCCAGCCAACAUAUCGGAUACUGAAACCAUGGUGGGACGUCUUUAUGGAUUACCUGGGUGUGGUCAUGCUUAUGCUGGCCAUAUUUGCGGGGACCAUGCAGUUAACCAAAGAUCAGGUGGUUUGCCUUCCUGUUCUGGAAUCGUUGGAGGACCAAACCCCUGUGGCCACGGAAAGGCCACCAGAGAAAGCUUUUGGCUCAGGGACAGGAGGAGGCCAUGUGACAUUGGCAGCUGCACCUUUAGCAAGCAAAGAACAAACCGACAGUGUUGUCCAACGCUUCCCACAGUCGUCUGCUGUCAGGCAACCUCAGCCUACGGGUUUACGAACAAAUCUGGAUUUUCAGCAGUAUGUCUUUGUUAAUCAGAUGUGCUACCAUGUCGCCCUGCCAUGGUAUUCAAAAUACUUUCCAUAUCUAGCUCUCAUUCACACUAUUGUGCUCAUGGUGAGCAGUAACUUUUGGUUCAAGUAUCCAAAGACAAGUUCCAAAAUUGAGCAUUUUGUGUCUAUUUUGGGAAAAUGUUUCGAGUCCCCUUGGACAACCAAGGCAUUGUCGGAGACAGCCUGUGAAGAUUCCGAAGAGAAUAAGCAGAGACUGACUGGAGCCUCUACAUUACCAAAGCAUCUUUCAACCAGCAGUGAGGAGGGAAGUCCAAAUCAAUCGACACCCAUGCUUGCAAAAUCCAGCAUUAAGUUUUCUGCAGAGAAGCCAGUCAUUGAAGUUCCAAGUAUGACUAUACUUGAUAAGAAAGAUGGAGAGCAAGCUAAAGCACUUUUUGAGAAAGUCAGGAAGUUCCGCACACAUGUCGAAGACAGCGACAUGAUCUACAAACUCUACGUAGCUCAAACAAUAAUAAAAACUGUCAAAUUCAUUCUGAUUCUGUGCUACACCAUGACCUUUGUCACGUCCAUUAAAUUCGAUCAUGAUUGUGAGCCUGAAAUUAAGCAUUUAACUGGAUACGCAAAAUUUAAAUGCACCCACAACAUGGCUUUCAUGUUGAAAAAGCUUCUCGUUAGCUACAUUGUCCUCAUUUUCGUUUAUGGCUUGGUUUGCAUUUACACUCUUUUUUGGCUCUUCAGACGGCCUCUUAAAGAGUACUCCUUUGAGAAAGUCAGAGAAGAAAGCAGUUUUAGUGAUAUCCCAGAUGUGAAGAAUGACUUUGCUUUCCUCCUACACAUGGUGGACCAGUAUGACCAAUUGUACUCGAAACGUUUCGGCGUCUUUCUCUCAGAGGUAAGCGAGAACAAGCUGCGGGAAAUCAGCUUAAACCACGAGUGGACCUUCGAGAAACUACGCCAACAUGUGACUCGCAAUGCGCAGGACAAGCUUGAGCUGCAUCUUUUUAUGCUCUCAGGUGUUCCUGAUGCGGUCUUUGACCUCACUGAUUUGGAAGUCCUGAAACUAGAACUGAUCCCAGAGGCACGUAUCACGGCGAAAAUCUCCCAGAUGAUCAACCUCCACGAGUUGCACUUUUACCACUGCCCCGCCAAAGUCGAACAGACUGCAUUCAGUUUCCUCCGCGAUCACCUCCGGUGCCUUCACGUCAAGUUUACGGACGUAGGAGAGAUUCCCACCUGGGUUUACAUGCUGAAGAACUUGAGAGAGCUCUACUUGGUGGGAAACUUGAACUCUGAGAAUAACAAAAUGAUAGGGUUAGAGUCCCUCAGGGACUUGAGGCAUCUCAAGAUCCUACAUCUGAAGAGCAACCUUACCAAGAUCCCGACUAACAUUACAGACUUAUCACCCCACCUAAUCAAACUUGUGGUCCACAAUGAUGGUACUAAACUCUUGGUGUUGAACAGCCUGAAAAAGAUGAUGAACCUUGCUGAACUGGAACUGCACAAUUGUGAACUGGAGAGGAUACCGCAUGCGAUUUUUAGUUUGACCAACCUGCAGGAGCUGGACUUGAAAUCGAACAAUAUCCGUACCAUUGAAGAGGUCAUCAGCUUCCAGCACCUCAAACGGCUUAACUGCCUCAAACUGUGGCACAAUAAAAUCAUUUCCAUUCCACUGUCCAUAAGUCACGUCAAGAACCUGGAGUUCCUCUAUCUGUCGCAUAACAAACUGGAGACCUUACCUACCACCCUGUUCAAUCUUCUCAAACUGAGAUACCUGGAUGUUAGUCAUAACACCAUCGUAGUGAUUCCUCCAGAGGUGGGGUUCCUCCAGAAUCUACAGCACUUUGCCAUCACAGGAAACAAGGUGGAAGUGGUACCCAAGCAGCUGUUCAAAUGCACAAAGUUGCGUACCCUCUCCCUUGGGCACAAUUGCAUCUCAUCGCUGCCAGAGAAAAUCGGGCAGUUGCUGCAGCUGACUCAUCUUGAGCUGAAGGGGAACUGCCUGGAUCGCUUACCUGCACAGCUUGGCCAGUGCCGACUCUUGCGGCGAAAUGGCCUCAUUGUGGAGGACCACCUUUUCGAUUCACUGCCCCUAGAGGUCAAAGAGAGCAUAAGUCAGGAAACCAGUGCUAACUUUGCUAACGGAGUCUAAAUGUGGAACAGAAAAAUUGUUAGAUGGUUUUCAGAGGGAAUGGAAUUAGAGAGCAUGAAAGCAGUGUUUCAGCACUUCUGUUUUUUGGUUUUUUAGUCAUGAGUAGAUUUUCCACGUGUAACAAAUAAGUCCAGUAUCAAAGCUUAUGUCAACAUUCGCUGUCACGAUUUUGCACAGGCCAAAACAAAUUGCCAGUAAGCCAAUAUAAACAUUUGUGAACUUUAACUAUGCUUAAUGCAUAGAAUUCUUUAGAAUUAUUCAAAGAUCAUUAUGCCUAUCUGCAUGGGUUUUUGUUAUUUUAAUGAUUUUUUGUUUGUUUUUAUCAUUUGCCCAUGCUACAGUGGAAACAUUUUUACCAGCUGUUAUCCGCACAGUCUGCGUCACAUGCAUUUGUGGUGCCAUUAAUGAUUGUAUUUAUUGUUUGGGAGAACUCAGAACAACUGACAUUUUAUUAUAAAGUUAAUCAAAACUACUGUACAUGACUCUAAGAACAAGUGAAAAAAAAUCUCCUUGGAGAAAAGGAAUUCUCAUUUGGGUGCACUGAAGUAAUUUCAGAUGUGCAUUGAAGUAUUUAAGAAACUGAAUGUUACCAUAUCCGUCCAAGAUUCAAUCAGACUGUAUAUUUUAUACCUCAUUUCUGUUUGUUUAAUGAGACUGUCCACCUAUUCAAUUUCUAUUAACCAAAAUACUUGCAACUAAAUAACAAUGUUUGUUAAUGCAGUGCAAUGCACAUGAUACCUUUAACCUGUGCAAGGUUUGGGCAAUAAAAUAGCCUUUUCGUUUAACAUCAUCUUUUCAUAUUGGUUACAGAAGUAAUGCAUAAGUUAAGCUGACCUCAUUUGACUUGUGCAUGUUUUGUAUAUAACACCAUAUGAUGGGACAGACCUGUGAUGUGUAUACACUGCAUGGUCCUUAAUGCUCAAAAACUCCAGUAUACAUGUAUAGUUCAAUUGCCCUGAUAUAUAUAUAUAAUCGCCUGUAACUGUGUAUGACUAUCAUCUGCUUUACUGUUAACCGUUACCUUGCUCCUGACAUACUCUGUGCUGUGCAUGCCCAUGCAGUCAGCUUUUGAGGCAAAUGCACAAAAAGGUGACUUGCCAGAUGUUAGGUAUCGAUAUUCACACCAACGCUGGGGUUACGUGUUACAUGACCCUAACCUGAACUUUUGUUGUUUCAUUUUUCUUGAUGAAGUAGCACAUCUGUCAUAGACAAAUGAAUAAAACAUGGUUAAGAUUUAAAGGGGUAGUUGAACCAAAAAUAAAGCUUUACUCAUCCUAAUGUCAGUCCAGACAUUUACACAAAUACGUAUGAAAGAAUGAAAGUUGUUUGGAUCUCAUUGACUUUUAGAUUUCUAUUUCAGUUUUUAGUUUAUUUUGUGUGUGUAAAUGUUCUGCAGAAGAAAGACAUACAGUUUUGAGAUGACAUAGGGUGAGUAAAUAUAGAGAGAAUUUAUUUUAUUUUUUGGUGAACUAUCCCUUUAAGUUAGCACACUGUAGUAACUUAUGGUUUCAGUACACCUAAAACUCCUUAACCAUUUCCUUAUUUUAUGUAUGAAGAGAAAGUGCAACUGUGUGCUCAAUAUCUUGAAAUGUAAAGGUUAUCCAUAAUAUUUAGCUGUUUUAAGUUCUAAUUGUUGACAUAGAUUAAGCUGUGUUUGCUUCAAGUCAUUCAGUUGUUUAUGAAAGGUUUUAAUAGAUUGUAUGGUAUUUAAUUUAGUGCACAUGGAGUGCAGGGUUAAUAGUAAUUGAAUAAUUUGGAUAACAUCCAUUGUAUUUUUAGUUUUUAUUUCUUUAUAUUAAAACCAGUAGCAUUUCAAGUGAAAGAGUUCAAAAGGACACAAACGUCACAUUUUUUUGUUUUGUUUUUGACCUAUUUACAUUUCACAGUAGCGUUGUCUAGUCAUUUUGUGGAAUUACACUUCCCACACUGUUAUAUUUGUCCUUCUGAAAUGCUGCAGGGUCUGAUCUGUAAUUGGUAUCUUUGUGACCCCUCAAGAAUCUUCAGACUUGAUGUCUUGCCAGAUAAGGCUUGUAAAUCAUUUUUGAUACAUGUGUGACUAACAGUAACUAUAACCACAUAUGAAUCUAAAGAUGAGUUUUAAUGUUCCGAGUGAUUUUGAAUUAGAUUGCUAUUUAGAUUUUGUAAAAUGUAACUUUCUGUUGGUUCCGUUUGAUGUUUGGAAUGAAGGUUUGUUUGUUCGUUUACGUAGAGAUUUGUUAAUUUAUGUUCCAUUUCUAGAACCUACUAUUAGUUUUAAUAUGAUGUACCUGAUUUGAAAUGAUUCCAAAAAAUACAUUCAGGUACAUAAAAACACUUACUGUUCAUUCCAGCUGAGUACUUAUUUUCAGAACAAAAGGAAAUGUGUUUUCUUUUUUCUCAGCAAGCUACUUUAAGGUGUAUUGCUCUUCAGCCUUGAAUGUAGCCUGAUACUGCAUCCUGUCAUGGUUUAGCCUUUCCGUUUUUGAUGGAAAGGAGAAUGAAUUUAGUCUGCUUUGCUCUUAAACAUGUUUCGUUUGAAAGGAUGUUCAAUUUGCAACUUGCAAUUUUUAAUAUAAUAAAUACACUGAAAAUA